CGAGUCGAAUCACGCAUGGCGUCCGGGGGGAACCGACGCCAUCUAACGACUGGCAUUCCUGCUCGCUCCCGCUGGUAAAGCCAGGGCCAUCGUCGAAGAAGCGCGGAAGCUCCUCGUCGCUCUCGUCGGUUCUGUUGUUCGGCGGAUCGUGUGCGCGUUUAACCCGUGCUCGCCUAUCGUGCGCCUAUCAUCCGCCUUACGUCGGCUACGUCGUCGCGUUGUCCCGUUAUGGCGCGUGCACGCUGUGUGAAAUGAUAGGCGUGGGACGGGGCUGAUUUCAGUGCCGGCCAAAGCGUUUGAGCGAACGAUCUAACCCGUGUGUGCGUUGGCAACACAACCAGCGGCGACGACUAAUCUCCCGGAACACGGGGGACCCUGCAUCGUGCACUGGCGGAUUCCUGUUACACGGUCGCCCCCACCCCGCUACGCGGUAGGAUCACAGGUACAUUGCUGUAAUCUAUCAGCUACUCCAUGCUUCCUAUAAAUGCCAUGGCACAGAAGGUGGUACCGGGAUCAGAGUCAGGAUCGAUGAAGCCGUUGACUGGCAGCGGACUGAGCUAUGUCACGCUGCAACCACCCAGUCAACCGCUUAGUCUAGUGCAAGAUCACAGACCCUCGGUAUAUCAGACCCCGCCAUAUAUAGGAAGUAAUAUGGAGAAGGAACCGGAAGCUGAAAAAUUGAUUCCAAACGGCGUAGAGAUCACGAAAACUGAAACUGAGCAAGAUGUGCCUGCUGUUGUAAAGCAAAGUGAGUCCAACAGAAACAACAAUCUCAGUCCUGAGACUCCUGCUCAAGAACAACCAUGUGAGAUGCAAUCGGAACAGGUGCUAACAUCCUUAAUGGAGUUUCCAUUGAAUACUCCGGUAUGUACACCAACACAAAAUAAAGUUGAAGAAAAGAAGAUUCCUGUAAAUAAUGGAUCAAAGGAAUCGGAUGGCAAAGCCGUUAACACUCCUGUACAUAUAAAACAAUCUCCACAUAAAACAGAAGAUACACAAGCAAAGAACGAGAUUCCAAAGCCGAAACCUACAAAUCAGAGUACGAAAGUAUCGAGCGAUAACGCCACUGCAACAUUAACUAGUACAUAUAAACCUGACGCAAAAGUCACUACCUCCCCGAAAACAACUAAACGAAAAUCUAGAGAAUUGAAAGAUUUGAAAGCAGCAUCUACUGUAGUUACUGACGGAGCAAGUAAACCUAAGAGAAACCGAGUUCAAACACAGCCCUAUCAAAGUCCAUUACCGGAGAUUGCUUUAUUGGUUAAAAAUCUCAAUAAGACUCCUGGUUCUAAAGCUACAGAUGAUAAACUCAUUAUGUUCUAUAAAAACGAAUUUUUGGCUGUGAGGAAUGCAGAGGGAAGUUUUUAUGUAUGUCAAGCGAUGCAAAAUAUUUACAAAUCAAGCAGACGCAUUCGUAUACGUUGGUUAUCACAAGAUACAAAUAAUGGUGAAUUUUAUUCACCCGAUUUCUAUGAUACCAUAGAUUUCGAUUGUAUAUUAACAAAUCUGAACCUAAACAAAGUCGAUAAGCAAAAAUUCUGGUUAACCAGAAUAGAAUUGCUACGCACAGAAAACAUCUUGAAACGAGCUAUCGAUGUUGAAUCUGGACUAUCUGAGAAACCUCGAGUUACAGAAGAACAUCCCGAUGGAUUGGAUCUGUCGCUCUAUAAAGAUGAGUCGCAGCUGAAGAGAAGAAAAGGCUUGCAAAACGAAAAACCGAAUCGUAAAAAGUCUAAGCGAGUCGCGAGUUCUACGGAUGACGACGGCGAUGAGGAAGAAUCGGAUCGCAAUCGGAAAACAUCCAAAACGAAUCGCGCCAAGAAACGAUCGGUCAAAGCAUUGGCGAUUGCUAAAUCUGUCGCGAAGGGUAGCAGCAGGGCAGAGAGAGCACUAAACAGAAGCACAAAAUCUGGCAAUAGUUUAGGCAAUGAUCUUGCUACUACUGCUGGUACAACUACCGCUGCAGCUACUGUUACCGUCACGACUAACGCUACAGCUGUUGCUGGUGCUGCUGCAGUAGUCGCUACUUCUACCACUGCUAGUGCUCCUGCAACCGCUGUUACUACUACGACUACAACAAUCACUGUCAAUCCCGCUAUCAACGUUCCCACUGUGGCGGAUACCAAAAAUAAUGUAGAAAUGAAAAAAUUGGUUAAAAAAAACGGCAAGCAGCAAAGUAAUAACGGCACCAGGGGAGUUCCAAGAACAAAACUCGGAGGUUCUGCUCAAGCCACACAGCAAUCGAGUAAAACGGCAGGACGUCCAAAGCGUGUAGCCGCUACCACUGGCGUCGUUUCGACUGAAGAAGCACCUUCUCCAAGGAAGAAACCACGCGGUCGGGCAUAAAACUAACUUAACGUUGCUUUUUUUACGCUACAGUUACAGCCGAGUCUGUAUCGUAGGCAAUAUGUACGUGUGGUACACCCCACUUGAAAUUGCAAUCAAUUUGUUAUGUAAUAUAUGUAUGGAUCUCAAGAUUUUUAAAUGUAUCAUGUCCUGCGAUAAUAUUAUAGUCCAAUGAUACGGGAUCAACGACUUGUAUCUCUGAUUCGUCAAGUCGCAUUUGAAAAAAAAAAGUAAAAAAUAAAGAUAAGGAAAAAGAGACUCAGAGAUUUAUGUGUGAGCGAUAUUGUGAUAUCAUACAAAAUUUGUACAUAUCGUCUACGUCUCAGACUCCUUCAGGAGGAAGAAAGUCACGAAAUGUGCGGGAACGGUACCUUGAGUUGAGUAAUAACUAAUCUACAGGGUGUCACAUACUAAUGCACUCUUGCAAUAGUCUAUUUUUGAUGUUGUGAGUGAACCGUACGUGAUUCAGUUAAUUUUAAUGUACACUUUCCAUUGGAUAUGAUAUAUAUAUUAUGUACAAAUAUACAUGUCUGGAAGAGGUAGGAGUUAUAUGUAAAACAGAGAGAAAGAGAGAGAGAUUGAGAGAGUAA